GAAUUUCUUCUCAGCGUGUUUUGGCGCUUGUGCUUUCUGUUGGCAAAUGAACAGUUUUGCCUUUGAAUUUUUUUGGACUCGCUCGGUCGUUUCACCGCUUGAAAGCUGCCCGAAGUUGGUGCCGCGUUUGAGGAAUGAAGCCAGCCUGCUAACCACGCUAAGCGUUAGCCACUAGUACCAGCGCCGCCGCGUGCGCGUGAGCCCCGACGUCUGGAAGGGCGGGCGGCCGAUCGACUCGUCUCAACUCACAUUUGCAAAAAUUGGCAAAACACAAUCUUCUCCUCACUCGCAAACAAUCCCCGUCAACAUGGAGCGGACACGCACGAGGACGACAUCUAAAGAUUAAAAGCAAGAUUAGCAUCUUGGGAUAAACGGAGGAAAGCUUUCAAGUCUCAGCCAGUGUUCAAGGGCAUGCCAAAUCCUCAGUAAUGGAGCCCACUGUUGUGAGUACAUCCACCCUGGCCCCUGAUGAGUUUGACAGGAAUGUGCCUCGAAUCUGCGGUGUGUGUGGCGACAAAGCCACCGGCUUUCACUUCAACGCCAUGACCUGCGAGGGCUGCAAGGGUUUUUUCAGGCGCAGUAUGAAGCGCAAGGCCUCCUUCACAUGUCCCUUUAACGGCAGUUGCACCAUCACCAAGGACAACAGACGCCACUGCCAGGCAUGCAGACUCAAACGAUGUGUGGACAUAGGAAUGAUGAAAGAGUUCAUCCUGACAGACGAGGAAGUGCAGAGGAAGAAGGACCUCAUUCAGCGGCGAAAGGAUGAAGAGGCCCAACGCGAAGCGGAGAGAGAGGCACGGCGUCCUCGACUGACUGACGAACAGAGUCAAGUCAUCGCCACACUGGUGGAGGCGCACCACAAAACAUUCGACGACUCCUACUCUGACUUCUGCCGCUUCAGGCCUCCUGUGCGCGAGGGGCCAGUGACGCGCAGUGCCAGCAGAGCCGCGUCCCUCCACUCUCUAUCAGACGCCUCCUCUGAUUCCUUCAGUCACUCCCCGGAAUCAGUCGACACCAAAAUGAACUUGAGCAACUUGAUGAUGAUGUACCACGAUCAGGGUAGCAGCCCUGACUCCAGUGAGGAAGAAGCAUCCAGCUUCUCAAUGCUUCCACAUUUGGCAGACCUGGUCUCUUACAGCAUUCAGAAAGUCAUUGGCUUUGCUAAGAUGAUCCCUGGCUUCAGAGAGCUGACGGCAGAGGAUCAGAUCGCCUUGCUAAAGUCAAGUGCCAUUGAGGUGAUCAUGCUGCGGUCAAAUCAGAGUUUCAACCUGGAAGACAUGUCCUGGAGCUGUGGUGCGCCUGACUUUAAGUACCAGAUCAGUGAUGUCACUAAAGCUGGCCACACUCUGGAGCUGCUGGAGCCAUUGGUUAAGUUCCAGGUGGGCCUCAAGAAGCUCAACCUGCACGAGGAGGAACAUGUGCUGCUGAUGGCCAUCUGCUUGCUUUCUCCAGACCGCCCAGGAGUGCAAGACCACACACGGAUUGAAGCCCUCCAAGACCGCUUGUCAGUAACCCUGCAGGCUUACAUCCAGCUCAACCACCCCGGAGGGAGCCUGCUCUAUGCCAAAAUGAUCCAGAAACUGGCCGACCUACGCAGCCUCAACGAGGAGCACUCCAAACAGUACCGCUCGCUCUCCUUCCAGCCCGAGCAUAGCAUGCAGCUCACCCCACUGGUGCUGGAGGUGUUUGGCAGCGAGGUCUCUUAAGGGCACACGGUGGCUAUGUGGGUAUAAAACAGAGGAGAGAGAUAAUGAGGAAGAUAUCCUGGAUGGACAGCAAGUGUGCGUGUAUGCAUAUGUGUGUGCGUGUGUGCGUGUGUGUGUGUCUUCAAGGAGUCCAUAUGGAGAGCAAGCAGAUGUUUGAGUGACAGUAAACAAGGGAACUACAUUCAGUACAAUUUAAGCUAAGCAUACUUCUGCCUCUUUACAGUGUUUUUUGUCUAUUUAAAUCAACGCUGCUUCAAAUGCCUGGACAUAUUGUGUACGCACACAGUGCACAACAACCACACUCAGUUACUCAUUUAGCCAUUCCGUUGAGCUACCUCUUUUUUUACUGGGGUUGUUUUAUAUUUCUAUCACCUCUAUGGAUGCUUUAGAUACAGGACGGACAACGUUUUAUUUGAUAUCAAUAUCAGUGCCUGUGCAUUACUUUAUCAUUUUUAUUUUAAUGGUCAUCUGCUUCUCUCCAAGGAAGUGUAUGUACCAACCUUUCAUCUCGCACCAAAGGUAUGGUCCUCCACCGUCUCGGAAAACCGCGACAUGCUAACGUGUAUGUUUUUUCUGACUAGCCUCACUGCCCAUGAAGGAAAACGGUCAGUAUUUAGGUUUAGAUUUCAGAGUGUAGUCUGUCAUUUAGCAGAUUGGAUUUUGGUUUGCUUGGUUUUUGGAGGUGAGAAUCGACCACUAAAUGUGUUAGCUACUAUAUUUUUUAACUGCUAACUGUCAAUCAAACCGAGCCAACCUUAUGGCUUAUUGCGCUUUAGUUAGUUUUUCAUUAGAAGCUUAACUUCUGAUAUAGCCCAUUCCUUGUAAAUAGCUAAUUGCUACCAUGUGUAUCCUAAGCACUGUUAUAUCACCAUUUAUUCAAGCCUGUAUACUAUAUAUCACAGAUUUUAAAGGGCUAAAUGCCGAAUCUAACUGGAAUAGUGCAUUAUGUAGGAGACCUGACUUGUUAAUAUAUAGCUGCAUACCAUAUUUGGAAUUCGUGUAGAAAAGGCUCCAGAGUUUAUUUUUUAUUUUUUUAUGGCAAGAAAUUUUCUAAAACAAUUCCAAGAAUUGUUACUGCGUGCGCUUUGCAAGCCGCUUCACAACUAUGUACUUAUCCCACCUUUUCAUUUUUGACAGUGAACUGAAUUGUCUAGAACGUCUUGGAGGUGUCGAGGUUUGGUCAUAAUGGUGGGCAGCACCUCCCUCCUGCCCCCAUAUUCAUGAGUAUUGUGCAGCCUGUGUGUCAGCUGCGUCUACUAAACUGAUUUUCACAAUAGUAAUAUCUCAACCUAGAGGUAGACCAGAUGUGAUAUUUCCAGAGUUGGACCUUAAACAACAUUGGAAGUACAGGUUAUAUUUUAUAUACCUUAUUUUUCGGACUGUAAGUCGCACCACCCAAAAAAUGCACAGUGAAGAGGGGAAAAAAACAUACGGCGGAAAACACUCAGGUGACUUGAAGUUCCGCUCUGAGACCCCCAAUUUGGCCAAAUUUCAAAAUUGUCAGAUAAGCAUGUGUGAUACAUCAUUGGAAAGCUUAAAAUCUCAAUUUUCUGGGGGAAGAAAAUUUUGAACAGGAGGGCAUUUAGAAAAAAAAAAAAAAAUUAAACAGCAAAACCCUAUCUGGAAGUGAGAGCACGCGAGAGCAGAGUUGCAGAUCCUAUGACUUUAACGAGAUAUUAUCGCGUACUUACCUCUUUUCGAUCCAAAAACUCAUUGUAGCAUGUAUCACUGAGUGUCAAGACACAGCUGUGAAUGGCCACAGCUGGAUUUUUGGGGGAUUUUAUGCGUGAAUCAUGGUCAUAAUAACAAGGGUCGCGAUGCAGAAAUCCCAGACAUCAAGGAGUGGCCGAGAUUUUGUUUUUCGUACAUUUACCCUUUUAAACGUUUCUUUUCAAUUUUUCUUUGUUUGGAUCGAUUAUUUAUCAUCAAACAUAUCGGAGAAAAUGCGUCAGUAACAAAAAAAAAAAAAAAAAUACAAUUUAGCGAUAGUUAUGAGGUAGAUAUCUGACUUUUUUACAGACACCAUUUUUUUCAUUGUGAUGUUGUUUGUUUAAAAGUUUAAAAUAUGUGAGUGAAUAAUUUUUUAAAGUCGUUUAUUUUUUUUUAAGUAAAAUAUGAGACAUCAAUUAAUGAUUCUAAGAUAAAAAUGAAAAACAUUUUGAGUAAUAAAUAUAAUUACCUUGGUUUAAAUUUUUUUUUUUUUUUUUUUUUAAAUCAAAAAUGGUCUCUGGUAUUGUCAAGGGGCCGGACCAAAUGUGGAGGCGGGCCGUAGUUCGGGGACCCCUGAUCUAACAUAUCGGAGAAAAUGCGACAGUAACAAAAAAUAAAAAUCAAGCGAUAGUUAUGAGGUAGAUAUCCGUGACUUUUUUUACACACGCCAUUUUUUUCAUUGCGACAUAAUUUGUUUAAAAGUUUAAAAUAUGUGAGCGAAAAAAAUGUUAAAGUCGAUUUUUUUUUUUUUUUUACGAAAUAUGAGACAUCAAUUAACGAUUCUAAGAUAAAAAUGACAAACAUUUUGAGUAAUAAAUAUAAUUAAUUACCUUGGUUAUAUCGCUUGGUUGAAACAGAAGCGGUUGUGUGACGUCUGUAAACAGGGGGUUUCAGGGUAAAACGGACAAAUUAAAAAUUGUCCGGGAGCUUAAUGCGCCAUGAAUCUGCUAUGGCAGCAUAUAGACAUAUUGUUCUAUCAAACACAACAGUUGUUUUGGCUUAAAAUACAGCAGUUUCUUUUAAAGAGGAGUGCAAGAGCAGAAACUGCUUUUUCAGUCUUGUCUGUGUUUUCCGCCAUAUAUAUAUGUCGCACUGGAGUAUAAGUCAAAUUUUGUGAGGUCCUUUUAUUUAAUCACAAGCAUUAUACAUUAUAAUUGUAUUAAAACAGAGAACAUAGUGUUAACUAGGUAUCUGGAAAUAUUACAGUUACUCAGAUUAACGAUAAGCAAAACUCUUGAUCUCACUCCAAAUCACUACCAAAUCCAUUUAAGUCUUCAUCUUCAGUAUUUGAACAAAAAAAUCCAGUGCUUCUCAGUUAUUUUCUGUUUCUGACGUAAACGUUUCGCGCGCCCCCCCCAACUCUCUGCUGCCACAAUGUACAACAAAGUAGAACUUUAUUAACAUUGUUUUGUUUGUAACAGAAAAGACUUAAAGCAACACUUGUUAACUUUUCAACCUUUAUAAAAUAUUUUCAUAACUUUUGUGAUAAUAUGUCGACUCAAAACUAGUCGAAGGACACCUCUUUUGUAUCUUGAGGAGGUCUGUAUUGCUUUCACCGGCACUAUUUAACUUUGAGGAGAGUUCCUGCCACACAAAAAAACUACAAUUUUGCUGACUGCCUUACAGCAUGCGUCACUUCCCCCUUUCCCCAUUCAUUAUAAAGACCAAAGUCGAAGUGGAACGCUUUAACGCAAAUUCUGCAAAGAUGGCAGAGCAACCAGAGACAAAAAGUUUUGUCUGAGGAGGAAAAAAGGCAGGCAACCAGGAUAUACAGAAUAAACAUUGGCCCAGCCUUCACUCGCUGGCGUGCUCCCUAUACCCCCCAAACCUGCCACACUAGGCCAUAUGGUUGUUCACCGUCAAAUGCUGUUAUUUAGCCACAACUUGAUUCUUUACCUUAUUAGUAUUCAUCCUUCACAUAGCCGCUGGAAACAGAAAUUUUGUUUAGUCCAUCUGUAGGCGACCGGGAGAUUGAUUUUUGAUUGAUUGAUGAUUUUCCAACAAUGCAGGUGUGCGCUGGUCAUCAUGGGAAAUGCAGUCCUCAUUAAGGCAAAACACUACCGCUUCUGUCCACCGGAGUUGCUAAAAUUGCACAAAACUGAAAAGCUUCCAAGUGUUUCAUUAAAGCGCAUCAAUUUUCCUGAAUUUAACUUGCAUCCAAACUAAAAAUGAAAAAAUCAAUACAUAAUACUAAAUCCAAAUUAAUUAUUAACAUUUAACUCAUGAGGACAAUGUGCGAAAAACAUAAAUUAAUAGAACAAAAACGACAGUGUCUUUGGACAGAGGGACAGUUUAUAUUUUUGCUGCAGGCAGUAUCAGCUCCUUUGCUAUGGUGGAGGAUUAUUUUGCACUGAGCAACUUGGUAUGCCACCUUAUAUGAUGCUAACAGUGCUCGCUGGUUCACUGAUGUAACACUGACAAAACGGGACAAUUGUUGGCACGUUUUCGCUGAAAAAAAAUCAAGCGGCUUAUUAAUGUGAUUGGAGUCUAAUGUCUUUAAGUAACAUCUUAAUUGAUUUGGCUUCCUGCUGUCCGCUGGAAACAUUUUUAGACACAGUAAACAGACUUGUCUUUCCUCAUCUCCCAUUGUAUCAAAAGUCAAAGCCAAAAGCCAAACACUACAUACGCGUCGUCAAAUUUCCUCGUCUUAGCUCUUCAUGUUUCCAGUGCUCUUUGCUGUGUGCUCUUAUUUGGUUCAAAAAUACUGUGCAUACUCUGAGCAGGUGAGCGCAACUGCCACCCACUGAGUGGAUUCGCAAUUACACUGUAUCCUAGUACAGUGGUACCUCUGCAAUAUUUUAAGUUCUGGAAGUAGUUUCUUAACUUGAAAAUUCUCUUGAGUAGAGCCGCGUUUUUCGUGUAAAUGCCCUAAUCCAUUUCAAGCCCCCCAAAAUUCAGACAGAUAUCUUUUAUAAUGCAUAAAAAUGCAUCGAAAAAUUGGAAUAAGUGCGACUUAUAGUCCGGUAAAUAGGGUACUUAUAACAGGAUUUUAUUAACGUUGGACCUGUAAAAUAUUUUAACAUGAAAAACAUUAAAGAAGCUGGUAAAGUACACAAUGAAAACUACAGACUAAUUGUAAGGUUAUAAUGAGAAUUCAAUAGAGUAGUCAUGUAUUAUUAAGAUUGGUCAUGUAAAGCUAUCUGAGGGGAAAAAUCUGAAUUAUGAUUUCUGAGUGUUUGUUGUAGUGUUGUAAUAAGUCUGUUUGAAAUGGAAAAAAGAAAAAAAGAAAGAAAAUAUUGCAAGAAUGAAGCCCUGUAAUUUUAAGGAAAACGUCAUUUACGAUAAGAAAAUCAGAAUAUAGUUUGAUAUUAUACAGUUUUGAAAUUAAAACUAACUUAUUUUUUGUUGUGUUGAGAAGACAUAAUGCAAAAAUAUCAAUUGUACCGUUCUGAAGCAAAUGUAAUGUUAAUAUUAACAUGUAAAUGCAGGAGAAUUUUAAAAAGUAAUUUAAACUCAUUUGUAAAUGCUAUUUAGAAUAUUGCCCUUUUGAAUUUAGUAUUGAUUUUAAUAAGAAUUGACUGGGCUCGUUUGGCUUUCAACAUCUACCCAAUGUUGUCAGUGAUGUUUGGUAUGUGACCAAUUUUCACUUGUUAAGCCAUGAGCCUGCCAUCGUCAGCAGACUGUUCUUAUGUGAAGUCCAACAUGAAAGUUUGGAUAGCUUCAGAACACUUUAAAAUAAGCAAGUGGUUAAGAGGGUGCUCUUUUUUGCUGGUUUGUUGAAAUUGUGCUGACUUCUGAUAUGUUAGUUGGUUCAUAUUUGGUUGGUUAGUUUAUUGGUUGAUACAGUGGAAUGAAAAAGUAUCUGAACCUUUUGGAAUUUCUCACAUUUCUGCAUAAAAUCACAUUCAAAUUUGAUCUGAUCUUUGUCAAAAUCACACAGAUAAAAAAAAGUUGUCUGAUUUAACUAAAACCACCCAAACAUUUACAGGUUGUCAUAUUUUAAUGAGGAUAGUAUGCAAACAAUGGCAGAAGGGGGAAUAAGAAGUAAGUCAACCAUCACAUUUAAUAUUUUGUGGGCCUCCCCUUUGGCAGCAAUACCUUCAACCAGGCGCUUUCUGUAGCUCCAGAUCAGUCUGGCACAUCAAUCAGGACUAAUCUUAGCCCAUUUUUAUGUACAAAACUGCUGUAGUUCAGUCAGAUUCCUGGGAUGUCUGGGAUGAUCGCAGCCUUUAGGUCAUGACACAGCACCUCAGUGGGGUUCAAGUCUAGACUUUGACUUGGCCACUCCAGAACGUGUAUUUUGUUCUUCUGAAACCAUUCUGAAGUUGAUUUACUUCUGUGUUUUGGAUAAUCCAUCAUCAUCUAUCCUAUUUUAAAUUCAACUGUCUAACAGACAACCUCAGGUUUUCUGCAAAACAUUCUGAUAAACUUUUGAAUUCAUUCUUCCAUUAAUUUUUGCAAGGUGUCCAGGCCCUGAGGUAGCAAAACAGCCCCAAAUCAUGAUGUUCCCUCCACCAUGCUUCACAGUGAGGAUGAGGUGUUGAUGUUAGUGAGCUGUUCCAUUUUUCUUCCACACAUGACCUUGUGUGUUACUCCCAAACAUUUCAACUUUGGUUUCAUCAGUCCAUUUUGCCAAAACUUCUGUUGAGUGUCCAAAGUGCCUUUUUGCGAACAUUAAACGAGCAAAAAUGUUUUUUUAGAUAGCAUUGCCCUCCUCCGUGGAGUCCUCCUAUGAACACCAUUCUUGGCCAUAGUUUUACACAUAGUUGAUGUGUGCACAGAGAUAUUGGACUGUGCCAGGGAUUUCUGUAAGUCUUCAGCAGACACUGCAGGGUUCCUUUUGACCUCUCUGAGUAUUCUGCGCUGAGCGCUUGCCGUCAUUUAUGGUUGAAGGCCACUCUUUGGGAGAGAAGCAACAGUGCCAAACUCUCCAUUUGUAGACAACUUCUCCGACUGUCGAUUGAUGAACAUCCAGACUUUUAGAGGUGGUUUUGUAUCCUUUCCCAGCUUUAUACAAAUCAACAAUCCUUGAUCACAGGUCUUCAGACAGCUCUUUUGACCAAGCCAUGAUGCACAUAAAACAAUACUUCUCAUCAAGACAAUUCUUACCAGGUGUUUGUUUUAUAGUGGGCAGGGCAGCUUCAAACCACUCAUCAGUGAUUGAGCACACACCCGACUUAAAUUGUUUGGAAAAAAUUGGUUUCAAUUGCUCUUUGUCUCCUUUGGUAGAGGGUUCACUUACUUAUUUUUCCCCUUUCCGUCAUUGUUUGCAUGCUAUCCGCAUUAAAAUAUGAAAUGUUUGGGUGGUUUUAGUAAAGCAGACUGUUUUUUCAUCUGUGUGAUUUUGACAAAAAGGUUCAGAUUCUGUUUCAUACCACUGUAACAUUCUCUUCCUGUCGAUAACCUAUGAUUAUGUGUAAUUGUAGGAAGGUGCACAUGAGAUAAUUGAUGUAUUUUUAAGUUUUAGGAAUGUUGAUUGUACGUCUAAAAUAUCGAUCGACUGACAUGUUCUUAGGUCGGUCGGUCGGUCGUACAAAUGAGCGCAAGUCCCUUUCCUGUCAAGUGUAGUCUAAUUCAAUAAGAGGCCUUUCGGCCGUAACGUGGCAUUUGAGCUAUUUUACCAGAGAAGAUUUGCCUUGAGCAACUGUUGACAUCUGCGAAAAGUUUUUGUGAUUGGCUAUGCAGGCUUACUGUGCCAGAUCUAUUUUGCUUCCAGUGACAUCAUCUCAGGGCGACUCUUGGAUCCAUCUUGCUGCUCCUUAGAGCACACUCGCUUUAAGCUGUGCAGCCUAAACUGACUCACCAGCAGGACCAUUUUCCGUCACUGUGGCUUUAGUCUAAUUUCUACUGUUGGUAACUUGUGCCAAUCCAACCAGAUGGGAAUUCAGUACAUGAUGGUUCCCUCUUAAUGUAAUGACUUUGUAUUCGUUCUAGAAUUUUAUUCAGAAUUAUCUCCAAUACAGUAUGCAAACCUACGUGCUCAUAGUACGUUCAUAUCCACAAAUGUGAGGUUCUAGUGUCUUUAGGCAGUACCACUCGCUUGUAGCGUAUGUCAGGAUAGGUAAUGGACGUAUACAUAACUUUUUUGUUCUCUCAACAUUGACCUAUUGAGGGUUUUCUAUAUAUUUGAGUCUGUAUGUACUGUAGCCCUGCUUCUGGUAUUGUUCUGUUUUCAGUUGAGAUAGAAUUGCAGUGUUGAUUUGUACUAAGGAGUAUUAAGGUGACACUGAAAAGAAAGUAAUUUCGGGCAACACAGUCAACAAAAAAGUCAUUAUGAGCAAGAAGAUGUGGCGAGGUUAGUUGUCAUUUCAAUUUUUGUGUGUUGAUUUUAAAGAAAUGUUAAUGAUCUUCACUAUCUCAAAUGUCAUUGUUGCCUUUAAGUUUUUGUGGGAGUUUUGAUACUCAUUUAUUCAAAAUUGUGUAUCUCUCAAAAUACCAAUUUUCUCUGGUAGUAUUUUUUUCCUUUUAAAAUCACGACUUGAGUCGUAACGUUAGGACUUAAUUGUUUAGUUUCUUUUCAGUGCAGCCGUAAUACUACUUUGUAGGUUUGUCUGUUUGAGUAUUUUGAGGAAUGUGCAAGUGCCAGAGGGUGACGUCCCGCCACUCAAGAACAGGGUUAGAAGGUUCAUCAGUGGGGAUUUUUCUGAAACUGAACGGGAAAAUUCUAGACCAGGGGUCAUCAACCUUUGUGAAAGUGAGAGCUAUUUCUUGAGUACUGAUUAACACAAAGGGCUACCAGUUUGAUGCUCACUUGAGACACCACAAAUUUGCUCAAAAACAUUUAAUAAUUUCAUUCUGUACUUAUUUUAUGUGAAUACUAAUUUUUUGAUUCAACACUAUAAUUACAAACAGCAUAAAUAUCAAUAAUUAAGACUUUUUUUCUAUAGAUCUGCCAGCGUUUACAUUUUCAAAUAAUCACUUCUACAAUAUUACUAGAAAAUAACAAUGUUUAAUCACGGGUGAGCUACAGUAUUUUUUCGAGUUGUUCGAUAACUGUUUUUACCGAUGUCCUGAUAUUGUCCAACUGCAAAAAUCCGAUACCAAUAUCACACUGAUAUAUGCGGAAAUGGACUUAAAGGGAACCUCGGACUUAAACACUUAUAGGCUCUAAUAAGCCACAAUUGUUCUCGUUGACUAAAAUAUCUUACUAGAAGCACAUAAAAUAUUGACAUUGAUUUAAAAAUCUAUAAUAUUUAGUACAUGUUUUGACCUAAGGAGGGCGCCAUGUUUUAUGGACAUGCGAGGUGCUGACGUAGAUUGUCACUCUCGUUUCCCUCUCAUACUUUUCAGCAUUGUGUUUUCUUGUCUGCUUUAAAGCUGAUUGUUGAUCUGUUGACCACAUAAGUCACGUAGCAUAUUUAAACCCUUAUUUGAUAUUACUACGUUUAAAUAUUUUCUUAAGGCAUCUCUAGUGUCUUCUGUCUGUAUGCAUCUAAACAAACCAAGCUGAAAGCGCAAGGUGCUCCUUUGGGUGUCAAAUUCGCCUCUUGUAGGACGUUUUGCCGGUGUAGCACAUUUAUGUGGAACAGUUUUUUCCCCCUACUCUCGUCUUGUCUCAUCCCGUCUUUCCCGGUCAUUUUGCUUUUGCUGCUCGUUUUGUGAAAUAUCGACAGUGCUUUCAUGCUCAUUAAUGUUCCUCUUGGGUUCAAAUUGAAAGGGCUGAACAGAUGUCAUGUUUAUGUCGCUAGAGUCAUAGUCUGGAAGCCCGGCAGCGUAACCCUGUGACGUCAACAAAUAUGGCGACCUACUAGUUAUUCUAAUUUUGCAAAUCGUAUAAAAACGAAAACCUCAAGAGGGGUUUCAAGUUUUAUCUUUUUAAGAACUACAAGCCUUUCUAUCCGUGGAUCACUUUAACAUUAUUUUCCAAUCAUUUAUUGUUAAUUAAUUUUUUUGCACCAUGAAUGCAAAUGGUCUGCUCACAUAAAAAAUCCCAGGCAUCUUAGUUUGAAGACAUCUAAUGGUCAGUAAGCAUAACCGCAGUCAGGGGCGUUGGAAUCAUCUCAAAGCAGAGGGUGCUGAGGAUGUAGUUUUCCCCAUCCAAAAACAGCCGUUUCAGUCCAAAUUUGUCACGCUCCCGCUUUUGUGCAUAUAUGAAGUGACCAAUGGCAGUACACACGCAUGCUGGAUAAAUUACAUACUAUUACUACUCCUACUAUAAAGACAGCGUUCUAGUUCGCCUACAGUGUGUGUUGGAGUUUUUGUAUUGGAAAUAAAAGUGCCCGUGUAUUAUAAUGCAAAUCCCCGCAGGUAGACAGCGCAACGAUACACAAACACUUUUGAAAACUAAAAGGUCCAAUACGCUUCGGUUUAGCAUCCACUUUUCGCAACACUCAAAUAAAUUGCACACGAAUAUCCAAAAGUGCUCUGCACGGCGACAGCCAACAGCAACAACACCCAGUAAUAUGGCUACAAUGCAAGCUAUUUGAAGUUCUCCACGGUCUUAGUCAGCAGUUAAAUUUUCAUUGCUGCGUACUAUUUAGAGCUGCUGCUAGCGAUUAUUUUAGUAGUCGAUUAAUCUAUCAACUAGGUAGUUUGAAUAAUCGAGCAAUUGGAAUAAACAUUUAAUGCCUUGCAGAAUAGAUGGUAGGAGAUUUAAAACAAAGGCUUGAUAAGAUUGCACUUUCAAAAGAGCAUUAAAAGCGAAUACAUAAUAAAAUUCCCAGGUUUUUCUUCAAACUAUGCGGAAUUGAAUGAAUGAAUGAAAAAUCUUAGCCUCAAACGGUAUU